AUGUCCAUAGGCCUCACUUUACCAUCCCAUUUGACUGCAAAUACUGAAGAAAAUAGGGACCAAAUUAUCAACCAUGGUUUGUUAAAGAAAAUUUUGCAUGGGACUGGUGCUCAGGCAUGCAAUAGGCAAGGUUUAAUACCACCUCACAUCAGUCAAAUUUAUGAUGAAUUAUUUGUCAUACAUCAGAAGCUCCAGAGACAAAGUUCAGCACAGCAGGAGUAUGCUCUGCAACUGCAGAAACGAGAGCGUUGUCUAACAGAGCAAGAAGCAUUGUUUUUUACACAUGAAGCAGCUUUGGCUAAAAUAAGGGGUGUUGAGGAAGAAGUUCACACAAAAAUUGCAGCUACAAAAGAGCAACAUGAGGCAGAGGUUAAGCAGCUGACAGAAGCCUUGAGAGAAUUAACUAAAGAAAAUAGGAGGUUGAAGUCAUCAUUUGACAGCUUGAAGGAAGUGAAUGACUCUUUAAGAAAGCAGUUAAGUGAUGUAACGGAGUUGAACAAGAAGUUGGAAAGUCAAGCACGAAAUGUACAAGCUCGUUUAGCAAAUCUACAAAGGAAGCAUGAAUUUUCAAUGGUACGGAAAUCUAAUGAUUUAUGUCAAGUGAUGGAAGAAAGCAAACCUGUGAAACAGGAAAAAGUGAUGGCAACAUCAAAAACUGCCACGCUACCAUUGAAUUCACAAGUCUAUGAGCUCUUAACUUAUCUUAUGGAUUGGAUCUCUGAUCAGCAUCUUAGCAGAAUGAAAACACAAGAGGAGAGAGAGGACAGUCAUAAACCUAUGGUUACCCAGAGUUCAAAAACCACCUGUACUCAGGAAAAGUGUAUGAAGCUUUUGCCUAUAGCUACUGAGCAACUCCAGUGGAUGCCAUAUGUGAAUCCUAAACUACACGUGCCUGUGCUUAAAUUUAUUUACUGGUCUAUAAGACAGUUAGACACAUCUGAUAUACAGCAUGCAACAAUGAGAUCAACCAUGAGGAGACUUGGUGAAGAUAUUUUCAAAGGCAUAGUGUGUAAGGGAAACCCACACAGUUCUGAACAGUCUACAGAAAGUAAAUCAAAGUCAACAGCUUUCUUUAAGAGUUUCUGUAUGCCUCUGAGGUUUCUGUCUACUUUGAUUGUGCUUAAAACAGUGAAACAAGUGGAUUACCUGGCUCAAGCAUUUGAGUCCCUUCGUGUAGACUUGAAGACAGAUGAAGGGAAGGCCUUAUUUUUGGAAUACCAAUGUGUGCCUGUUGUAUUAAGUCACCUAAAAGUGUCCAGUGCAAGUCUGCUUUCCAGUGCUCUUGAUGGAUUACUUCAGAUGACCACGGAAUCUGGUUCCUUACAGCCUUUCCUGGAAGCCUGCAGUAAUGAAUCCUUCUUCCAGACUUGCUCUGUAUUGCUUCGAAGUUCUAAGCUAGAUAUUGGAGUUUUGGAAAAGCUCUGUGUUAUACUGCAAAAACUCUCCAGAAUAAAAAGCAAUAAGAAGAUGUUUGCAUUGUUUGGUCUUCAUCAAAUGUUCCAAGAACUGCGUAGAACUAUAGAUCCAAAUCACACCUUCCUCUGUAUAAACCUCAAUUCAAUUCUGCUGAACUUGGAAUUGCUGAGGAGUACCUGUCUUGCCCCAGUCUAA